CGCUCAUUUCGUAUUUCUAGGUUGUUUUGUGGCGCAAGAACAUGUUUGAAUUUGAUCAGAGUGUUGUAUGUGAGAAAUAAAAUGCUCUUUUCAUGCUCAAUUCGGUACAGUCAUAAAAUUUAGAGCUCAGUUGUAUUUUGUUUGACGAUUAUGUCCGUUUUGGAAAAUCGUGAUGGUGUAGCUCAUGUGAACUGUGGAGUUUCAGAAGCAUCUGUUGUAUGCACACAGUCAUAUAUGAUAACUCCUAUGGAUCAUCUGGAGUUGGUUGUUCUUAAACCAGAUCCGGAUUUCCCUUCAACUGACAUCCAGUCGAGCAAGUCAUCUAGAUCACCUAGUCAGCAAAUCUACGAUAUGCUUGAUAGCACAGUUCUUUCAGAUAACCCUCUGUAUACUGUAAAAAGUUCACUAUGUGAAUCUCAAAUGUCUUUUAAAUCGAGUCACAGUAAAAUGAGCAACACUAAAUUAGAUGUUAAUACGAAAUCUACAUUCGUUUAUACUGACAAUCAUCAAACAACCAACCAAUCGUCUUUGAAGAAUUUACACAAUCCAACUGAUAUGAAUACUGAUUCUUCAAGUACUAAUCCUUUUGUAUGCACCCUAGAUAAUUCUAUGCAGAAUGGUCAUCUUCAAGAACUUGAUUACAACAAAUCAUCAGAAUUUUCUCAAACAUUAUCCACUAAUACUGGUCAGUCUACUGUAUACUUGCUUGCUUCUGAGAAAUUGAGUGAACCAUCGCCUACAUCUUAUUUAUCUCAAGUUUCAAAAAUGAAGCACCUUCUCCUCCAGUUCCACAAUUAUCCAUUCUUUUACCUAUUGAACCAAACAAAACGACAGUUCAGAAUAAAGAAUGCUUGUCUAUUUCAAUGCCUGUUGAAUUAUCAAUCAGUCUUCGUUAACUACUUCGUUAAAUCCAGAGAAUUUAAGUCUCAGCUGUGUAUGAUUUGUGGUGACAAAGCGACUGGUAAACAUUAUGGUGCAAUUUCAUGUGAAGGAUGUAAAGGAUUUUUCAAACGAACUGUAAGAAAACAUUUAGAGUAUGUUUGUCGUGUGGCUGGACAAUGCCCUGUGGAUAAACGGAAACGUACACGUUGCCAGUAUUGCCGUUUUGAACAAUGUUUAGCCAAGGGUAUGCGGAAAGAAGCUGUUCAAGAAGAACGUCAUCGUAAACCACCACCUUCAGCACCACCAACACCACCACCACCACCCAAUCUUGUUCUUUCAUCGCCCAAAAUUUCCAAGGUGGGAAAGAAGGGACCUGGACGUCCUUCAAAUAGCAGCAAGUUUAUUGAGUUGACUCUUAAUAAUCAUAAUAUUACAGUUGACAACCAAAACCCUACAAUAAAUAUUACGCCUACGAUAGCUACUGAUAUUAUCACUACCAACCGUACUAUCACUGAGACAGCACCAGUAACAACAAUAACACUGCCGACAAUUUCUAUCGGUGGUGAUCCUUCGUUACAAUCUGAUCAUAUUGGAGACAAUAGUUCCCCUCUUCCUAAUGACUCAAAUAACAGUAAUAACAAUAGUAAUAAUAACAAUUUGGUAUAUGAACAAACAAGCAUGCCCACGUUAACACUACGCUGUCUCCUAUCAGCUGAACUAAGCAUGGAUCCUAAAUUAGCUAUGUCUGAGAGAGGUGAGGCAAUCUAUGAAGAUAUAUCUGGUGAUGAUGAAGCAGGCCUACAUCCAUUGACUAUAAUCUGUCAGUCUAUUGAACAACAGCUACCCCGAUUAGUGAAUUGGGCACGUCAAUUACCAGUGUUUUCUUCUGCCUACCUCACUUUAGAUGAUCAAUUUUGUUUAAUAAAAGCUGCUUGGCCUGAAUUAGUUCUAAUCAGUUCAGCGUAUCAUUCAACUGUUAUCAGAGAUGGUUUACUCUUAUCGAAUGGACGUCAUCUUGGUAGAGAAGUAGCAAAAGCUUAUGGUUUAGGACCACUUGUUGAUAGAAUUCUUCAUGAACUUGUUGCACGUUUUCGUGAUUUAUCACUACAAAGAACAGAAUUAGCUUUAUUACGAGCAAUUAUUCUUUUCAAUCCUGAUGCUAAUGUUUUAUCAUCCCGACAUCGUGUAGAAGCUGUCCGAGAACAGUUAUACUCAGCUCUUCAUUCCUAUUGCACAACAAAUCAACCUCAGGAUACUUCAAGAUUUACAAAAUUGCUGUUAAGACUACCACCGUUACGAUCUAUUGCCUAUAAAUGCCUUGAACAUUUAGUAUUUGUUAAGUUAGCAGCUGAAGAUCCAACAAGUUGUCGUUUAAUCAAUCUUGUUGAACAUGGUAUAUGGCCUAUACAAGAAAAAAGCUUCGAGCUGACGGCUACAUUCCCAUCAUCCUUAUCAUCACCAGCAUCAACACUGUCAGCAUCCAUUAUUGAGCCAGUAAUGGCGGUGACAUCAGCAACAACUGCAAAUCAAAGCACACCAACUGUACAUAAUCCACCACAGUAUUCCAUGUUUCAAAGUCAAAAUAUCAAUCAUAUAUUACCAUCUAGCAGUCAUACAGAUGUUGUUGCUCAUAAUAAUAAUAAUAAUAAUAAUAGCAGUACUACUACUAAUAAUAAUACCCUGUUGAAUUUUCAUACGAUUGCACAUUAUCCAUUUUGUGAAUAAAUUUGAUUCAGGAUGGAGAGAGAGCGACUGGAGGAAGAAAUAUAUACCCAUAUCAGGUACUACCUCGUUUGUUCUCGGAGCCACGACUGCUACUACAAACAAUAAUAUGCCCUAGAUGUCAUAACAUGCCGAAUGACUCCUUAUUAUCCUUUUUUGUAAUGAAGCGAUUUUCUCUUCUUAUUCUUCUUUUUCUUUUCAAAUACUGAAAUUUACAAUGACAAUCAUCAUCAUUAUCAAUCAGGUUUCCUCAGGGCGAUUUUUCUAGUCUCCCAAUUCCUCAUUAUGAAUGGGAUCCGCCUAUUCCCUCUGUUGUCCUUCGAAUGCAGUUAAUUAAUUUAAAAAAACUGCCUCUCCGUCCCUUUUUCCCACUUUUUAACUUUUCUCCUCCCCCCAUCCCAACCCCGCAACCAUUUUUCUACGACUGAAGAUUUUUUUCAUGUAAAAACACACGCACAAUUUUUUGGUUUAUUUUUCUACUAUGAUGAAUUUUUGUAUAGUUAUACUAGGUUUGUACAUAUAAAAAUUUAUAUAUAUAUAAAUUAUUAUUAUUGCUCCCUUGCGUUCAUAGCGGAACAUAGGGUUUCAACUGCACGUCUCCACUUGCCACUUCUGUCUUCUUUCUGCUGUACUUUUCACCUGCAUUCAUGUUAGUCCAUACUCUUU